AUGUCAGUUCAAUUUCUUCUCCUUUCGUCACGUCUGGUUGAAGGAACAGCUCACGAGCUCGUUUGUAUGGCCAAUCUUCUGGUGGAGGAUAUUUCUGAAAACUUCAGCACGUCGUUCCGACCGUUUUUCGAGCUCACCGCUCUUCAUAUCUGGCGGUUUCCCGUCGAAGACGUAAACCGGUUUGAUUCCAUUGUCAAUCAUUCGAAUAGUACGAUAAGAUUGAUGUCAGUAUUCGUCGCCGUCCAUAUUAUCGUCACUCCCACCGUCGCCAUAACCUUCUCCAUUGUCGAAGUAGUUGGAAAUGUAAUCGUUGUCUUCUUCCUGGUUAUCGUCGUCUGA